AUGAACUUGCUGCUCAUAAGACAUGGCGAGUCUACCGACAAUGUAGCCGGACUUCUCGCAGGUUCUCGAGACGCCCCACUGACAGCUCACGGCGUGAUCCAGGCGCGGCGACUAGGCCAGCACCUCGCCGAGCGCAGCGCAGAGAUUGGUCCCGUCGUGCACGUCUUUGCGUCGGAUCUCCAACGGGCCCUGAAAACCGCCUUGGAGGUCGUCGCGGCGCAAGCUAAACAGACCCGCAGCAGCUCGACUGGGUCCGCCCGGGGAGCUGAUCCCGGCAACCGAGAUCUGGGGAGCCGGCAGCAGCAGCUCGAUGUGGAGACGCUACCCUUGCUCCGGGAGAAGGACUUUGGGUCCCGCGAGGGCGUGGCUUAUGGAAAGCGCCGACGCGAUCAGGAUGAGCCGAUCCGGACUGAGGGUGAUGCCUCGCCGCUGAUCAAGCCAGAGACCCAUGAGCAGAUGUCGGCAAGGAUGGAGAAGUUUGUGCGCCAUCACCUCAAGCCGGUUCUUCAGCUUCACCUGGCCGGGGAGGCGGGCCCGCGGAAUGGAACUGUUGUUGUUGUCGCUCACGGCAUCAUAUUGAACGUCUUGAUGAGGGUUCUUCUGGCGCAGUUCCCCAAUGGCGAUUCUGCACGUCUCAUCGAUGACUCGGGUUCCAGGGAUCCACUUAGCCGACCUGCCGAGUUCUCCAUUCCAUGGAGAAACACGGGUUAUACUGAGCUCGAGGUUACGCUGUGUGCUCUUACACAAGACGCGCGAUCCACAUCCGAAGCGUCUGACAAAGCUACUGCCUCACCAGAUUUUAAGUUGAGGGUUAUCUCAGUCAACAAUAGUCGCCAUCUGGAUGGGUUGAAAAAGACCCGAGGCGGGAUCGGCAGUGCGCAAUUUGACUCAAAGCAGAAAACCAUGGACUCCUUCUUCAGUCGGAAGCCCAAGAGUCCUUCGAAGUGA